AUGUUUGGACUACGAACAUCAACAAAGACUUUUGUCGCAGCACGCUCUUCUUCCUUAAUCAAAAGUUCAAGUUAUCUUCUCAAGAGAUCAAAAUAUACAAUCCCAGAUCUUCCUUAUGACUAUAAUGCUCUUGAGCCAAUUAUUUCAGCUGAAAUAAUGGAAGUUCAUCAUACUAAACAUCAUCAAGCUUAUGUUAAUGGAUUGAACGCCGCAGAGGAAAAAUUUGAACAGGCUAUUAAAGAUCAAGAUGUCACUGCACAAGUUAGUUUACAAGCUGCAUUGAAAUUUAAUGGUGGAGGACAUAUUAAUCAUUCCUUGUUUUGGAAAAAUCUUGCACCAAUUAAGGAAGGUGGGGGAGAGCCACCUAAAGAUUUUGGAACACUUGAAGAUUUUAUUAGCAAGUUCAAUGGUACAACUGCUGCGAUUCAAGGUUCAGGAUGGGGCUGGCUUGGUUAUAAUAAAGCAAACAAACGUCUUGACAUAUUGACACUUCCAAAUCAAGAUCCUUUAAUCACUCAUAUACCACUUCUCGGAGUUGAUGUUUGGGAACAUGCUUAUUAUUUACAAUAUAAGAAUGCUAGACCAGAUUAUUUGAAUAAAAUUUGGCAAGUGAUUAACUGGAAAACUGUUGCUGAACGCUUUGCCAAAGCUCAAUAA